CAGGCUCUAACCCACCGAAAUUUGCUGAUUAUUUACAGGCCAACGGCGUCGGGAUUCCUAGCGUAAGGCGAAAGAGAAGACCUACCGGCAUAAUAUACAGUUUUGGAGCAAAUUCAACCAUCAACAACAACACGACUGUUUUGCGAUAGACUGAACCUUUUUUCGAAAAAGGAGACCCCGGACUUAUAAAAGUGGAUAUAUAUAGUAUGCCACAUAAAGACACGCGAUUCUUUUGAAGGUUGUGGACACUUAUAUUAUACGAGAAGAUGAUGGAAUUUUCGACUGACUCAGCCAACGGACACAGCGGAGUAAAUCAACUUGGUGGUGUGUUUGUAAACGGCAGACCUCUACCAGAUAGCACACGACAGAAGAUUGUGGAACUUGCUCAUAGUGGUGCCAGACCUUGCGACAUCUCCCGAAUUCUCCAAGUUAGUAACGGAUGUGUUAGCAAGAUUCUCGGCCGUUAUUACGAAACGGGGUCCAUACGCCCUCGGGCAAUUGGAGGAAGCAAACCCCGUGUUGCCACCCCACCAGUCGUCGGAAAGAUUGCUCAAUUUAAGAGAGAAUGUCCGUCGAUCUUCGCCUGGGAGAUCAGAGACCGGUUAUUACAGGAACAAGUAUGCACACAAGACAACAUUCCAAGUGUUUCAUCAAUCAAUCGGGUGUUACGAACACUUGCUGCGGAAAAGAAUGGACCAAUGGGAGGAGAACCAGUUUUUGACAAAUUGCGACUUCUCAAUGGGCAGACGUGGCCGCGCACCGGACCCUGGUACAGCACCGGUCCCCCUCCUAUUCCACACAAUGUUCCUAUUAGUACAAAUGGUACCACCCCCACCAAUACAAGUUCUACAGAAGGUCUUGUUUGUAGCAAAAAAGAUAUAGAUGCGGGCGAAAUUAGUGAUCAUAAAGACGGAACGGAUGCGAGUGGCGAUGAUGAUGAAGCCCAAGCCAGGCUCAGACUGAAACGUAAGCUGCAGAGAAACCGUACCUCUUUCACCCAAUAUCAAAUUGAAACCCUCGAGAAAGAAUUUGAAAGAACGCAUUACCCUGAUGUCUUUGCACGUGAACGGUUGGCACAAAAGAUUGAUCUACCGGAAGCACGUAUUCAGGUCUGGUUCUCCAACCGCCGAGCAAAAUGGCGACGAGAGGAGAAACUGCGCAACCAACGACGACAAAUGAGUAGCGCCCCUACGUCUUCCAGCCACCUGCCGAUCAACAGCAGUUUUACUAACAGCGUUUACCAACCCAUUCCUCAGCCCACCACUCCAAUGGUGCCACGUACUGCCGACUCAUAUAGUGCACUACCACCAGUACCCAGUUUCUCAAUGGCAACGCCACCGAACCUCAGCGGACCCAGAGACACCUCAUCAUAUUCCUGUAUGAUCCCACCGAGCGCACGGAGCUACGAACAUCACCUCAGUCUUGGAGGAUAUUCCAGCAACAGUACACACCCCAUUGGACAACCGCCAAUACAGAGCCAUGUUAGUAGUGCUUGUAUGACCCAGACAAGUGGGGGCCAUGGGGGCUACGGAGGUAAAUAUUUAGGUCUAAUAUCACCCGGUGUAUCUGUUCCAGUGCAGGUUCCUGCCAGUGCUGUUGAUAGCUCACAUACGUCGCAAUAUUGGCCACGAAUACAAUAAAGACGAUAUCCAAGUGAAACGGAACAUACAAACCACUCCACCGAUUUAGAGAACAAAUAUUUUGUGAAUUUUUAUUGGAAAGAAAACAUUACAAGUUAUCUGCGCGAUACAGGGGCAAUAAAGGAGACCAAGACGAUGAAAGAACUGUAAGCCAAGAACUUGACAGACAUACGAAUACAGAUUAUGUGGCAUCUUAAAUGUAAGAAAGAACUUAACGUCACAAUGUAACGCUACGCAUCGACGUACU